ACAGGUUGAUGUCGUCACGCGGUGGAGCAACCAAUGGGGUGCAACGUUGUACCUGAACAGCUGAUCUGAUGCGUGCGCACUAGAGCCGUGGCAGGCUCGCAGCCAUCUUUUGCCAUGUUGUCCGAUGGAGUGCCGCCAUCGGCCAUGUUGUUGUGACAUACGACGUCAGUCAAAUCGACAAUCGUUUUCAAAAAAAUUUUAAACAAGAAACCCUUCGGUAAACCAAUAAUUAUCAAUUCAUCGAAAUUCCUUUCAAAUCUACAGUUGUUAUGGGAAUGAAUCUGACCGAAGGAUGUAUUAAGGAUAUCGUGCUGGGUGUGGAAAUAAACUCCCCAAUAGUUCAAAUUUGGGACUAUAGAACGUAUCGUAAUAAAUUGCACGCCGUCACUGUUUCGGAUGGAGUGUUCUUUACUGUAUACCCAACAAAGUUAGUGAGAUCUGCUGCUAUGUUGGCUUGUAAUGGAGAGUUACAGCCCUACAGUGUGGUUGUUCUGGACGAUUACACAACCGAAAUCAAGCACUACUCCGAAGGACAUGCGGUGAUGUUGUUGAUUCGUAAAAUGACCAUAUUGAAGAGGGGCGACGCCGUAGCGAGCAAAAUUGGUAAUCCGAUCCCUGCGACUGAAUUUCAAUUGAAAGGGCUCACCAGCUUUGAAAAAUCUCUUGAAGAGAAAGCGAAGACAUUACCAAUAGCAGCGUUGGAUCCUGGCAAUGAUCUUUGGUCAAUUAAAGCUCGAAUCGUGAGCAAAACUUAUAUACAAAAUUCAAUUUCAAACGAAGAAUUCUUCAACAUGGAACUCGCCGAUUCGUCUGGCAGAAUAUUAGCGACUGCUUACAACGAUGCUUGUCGUAAAUUCUACAACUUGAUGAAGGUUAAUAAAGUAUACCAGAUUUGGCGUUAUUACCUUGAGAGUGAAGAAACAACAUCCCACAAAUUGAGGUUGAUUUUGAAUGAUGAUAGCAAAGUCAAAUUGGCUGUCGAAAAUAUACAGUUCAGCUUCUCUGACUCUAGAGUUUUCAAUGAUACACCUUUAAAUACUUCAGUCCAUAUUAUUGGAGUUUGUUAUCGCAUGUGGAGUUCGAAUAAGUCAGAGGACAAAUCGCGAAAAGGCUUACCUCGUUACAUGAUCCUGACAGAUCCAAGUAUAGAUAGAAGUGAACAUUCAAUUGCAGAUUCGGAUGAAGGAAUCUAUCGAGUCAUGUUAUCCGGUAAUGCAGCUAAAAAAAUUAAGAUUAACUCCAGACCUGUGAUUGCCAUUAAAGGAGCAAAAAUCGUCAAGAAAUCAGGACGCAGAUAUGCUUCAGUUAAUCGGGUUUCACAAGUAUUUAUAAAUCCAGAUAUUAAAGAAGCUCGCGAGAUGAUGGAGCGACACAAACACAACAUCCGAGUUGCAAAACUGGAGUGGGUUCAGCAUAAAUAAUCGCUUCGCUCUUUAGAAAAUGAAUUAUGUGGUCGUCUCGAGUUUUGUUUUUGAAUAUCAAGCGCAGAAAUUUUCAUUUUAUUCCUUAUUAGUUACAUAUAUAUUUUUAUAAUAAGAUGUUAAUAUAUUUUAUUUUUAAAAUAAGAUGUUAUAUUUUAUUUGUAUAAUAAGAUGUUAUAUUUUCAUUAAAAUUAUAUAAUUGAUAUCA